UGACCUGAGUGGUGUUAAUAAGGCAGGCUCAGACAGGCAGUGUAUGUUAGUGCGGUGGUUCGUGUAUCUGUGCCGGGCCAGCUGCACUCAUGGCUCGUAAACGGGAUGGUGGCUGCUGCCCCCUGCCCCUCAAUGAGGACAAUGCCCGCUUCUGCCUGCUGGCAGGGCUCAUCUUGCUCUAUCUGCUGUGUGGGGCAGCUGUGUUCUCCGCCCUGGAGCGCCCCUCCGAGCUCCGCGCCCGCCUCCUCUGGGACCAGCAGCUGGCCAACUUUACCCUGAGCCACCGGGUGAGCCUGGGAGCCCUGCACGCGCUGCUGCGCCAGUAUGAAGAGGCCAACGGGGCCGGGAUCAGAGUGGACGCUCUUAGGCCCCGCUGGGACUUCUCUGGAGCCUUCUACUUUGUCGGCACGGUGGUGUCCACCAUCGGCUUUGGUAUGAACACCCCAGCUACCAUCCCUGGUAAGAUAUUCCUGAUCUUCUACGGCCUCAUCGGCUGUGCCGCCACCAUUCUCUUCUUCAACCUCUUCCUGGAGAGGAUCAUCACCAUGCUGGCCUACAUCAUGCGUUGGUGCCACGAGCGGAGGAUGAGGCGCUCGGGGUUGGGGGCUGUGUCAGGGGCCGAGGAGCCCCGCAGUGAGGAGGACAGUCUGGAGGGCUGGAAGCCCUCUGUCUACUACGUGAUGCUGAUCCUGGGGGUGGCGUCUGUGCUGAUCGCUUGCAGCGCCUCCUCUCUGUACUGCUCCAUGGAGGAUUGGAGCUACAUGGACUCCCUGUACUUCUGCUUCGUGGCCUUCAGCACCAUCGGCUUCGGGGACCUGGUGAGCAGCCAGAGGGAGCACUAUGAGGCCCAGGAAGCCUAUCGCCUGGGCAACUGCCUCUUCAUCCUCAUGGGCGUGUGCUGCAUCUACUCGCUCUUCAACGUCAUCUCCAUCAUCAUCAAACAGACUCUCAACUGGAUACUGGCCCGGCUGGCUUGUCCAGGCCGACGCUGUCCCUGCUCGUGCCCUAAGAGAGGCCUCCUCCCCACAGGGCGACAUCGCUACACUGACGCCUCGGUGGAGACAGUGUGUGACAGCGAGACGGAUGCCGGAGCGGGGGUGGACGGGGUCGCUGGGGGCCGGCGUCUCUCUGGGGAGAUGAUUUCGGUGAAUGACUUCACAGCGUCCAAUAAGGUGUCUUUGGCACUGCUGCAGAAGCAGCUGUGUGAGACAGCCCAGCAGGGCCCCAGGCAGAGCCACGUUCCUCGCCACAAUGGCUUCUCUGGGGGGGUGGGUGCAUUCGCCAUUAUGAACAACCGCCUGCAGGAGACCAGUGUGGACAGGUAGUCCCACCUGACCCCAACCAAACCUAUUCACACCAACUCAGAAAUAAAGCACUGUUUUGUUUGGGUUAUUGAAAUAUGACUGGAGCUAGACUGGAUGCUGGAUCUUCUCCUGUUAUGUCUAAAAAAACUAGCAACGUUUCAUCCUCAGAAUGAGCAUUGUUUGUAGAUCAAACAGUAGUGAAACAGAACAGUUGGAUGCUACAGCUGGCCAUACAUAUUUGCCAAAUUUGUUUUCAAUGUAAAUCAUAUUGAGGUUAGCUAGAUUUCUAGUUGUAGACAUGAUUAUAGCCCACAGCAUACCUCUGUUCUGUCUGACAGCUUCUCAGAAUGCCAGACAUUCAUGACGAUCACUGAUCUCCUGAGACAGAAUGAUCCCGUUUGGUUCUGUGGGGAGAUGCGGUGGACAGACACCUUCCAUUUCAACAGCAUAUGUCUGGAGAGGGUUUGAGAGGCUCAAGUGAUUGGCUCGAAUGCAAUGCUGAACGCAAUCAGGCUUUGUGUGGAGUAUGGAGAUGUGGAGGGGGUCUGGAGGAGACCCACUGAUUUAUGAGAGCCUUUCAGAUGUGUCCUGAGCUCCUCCACAACACAAUGGAUUUGCGUGGGGUGGCAUCAGUGAACAUAGAAAUUUACCCAUAUUCUGUAUUUGUAUCCUCAGUCACCUAAUGUCUAGGGCUCUGCUAGAGAACCUGUUGAAUAUGUAUCACAUUUCAAUUGUGUUGCGUUAAUUAGAUAGAAAGCCCUCAGACACACAGUAUGAGAGCUGUAAAAGGAAGAUAAAACCUCUUCAUCUUCUGAUGGCUGAGAUGGAGGUCACAUUAAAAUGCAAUGCAAUCAUCAA